GUGGUGUUGUUUAGGCGCAGCGUUCGUUAAACAUGUUCUUACUUUUAUAUAAAACAGCAUAUUACUGUAGUGUUGUCAUCAAUAUGUUUCCUUUCUGUCUGUACUGACUAAUUAUUUAAGAGAGUCGGUCAAACGCUCCUGAAGCACACAAACAGCCGAGCGCCGCUGUUAUGCGGCCUUGUGAGCCCCAGUGCAGUUCUGUUCAUAAAACACAACUUUAGUUGACACUUCUAAAGCAUGGCCUUGUGUUCACGACAAGAUCCGUGCGUGUAAGUAGGCAGCCGCCAGUGGCAAGUACGCUUCCGAAGAUAAAAGCAACCAAUGAAGCAAAUGAAGCUCAUUUGUCAUCAGAAAAGUUUUUCUGAUGACAGCCUGAUAAUAGGCGCCAAAGACUUUCCAGGUCUGCAGAUCGGAGACAUCGUUGAAAUAUACCUCCCUGAUGACACCUACAGCCGCUUACUGCUUCAAGUGACAACACUAAAGGAAGACUUCCAGAAAGAUGCCAUUAGUGUGGAGCAAAGCCUCGCCAAUGCCUUCCAGCUCAGGGUGUAUGCUGAUGUCAUUGUUAACAAGGUGGACCCAAGGGAUGUGGCCCUUGAUUCCGUUGAACUUGUGUUUAAAGACCACUAUCUGGCUCGCAGUGACAUGUGGCGUUGGAAGCAAGCUAUGGUGAGUUUACCCAUAAUCAACACAUGUGUUUACACCAAAAAGCUCAUCAAGAUUCAUUCAAGCAUGUCUCCAUGCCAGCCUUUUGAGGGGGGCAAGUUGACACAUGGUACUGCAGUCUCAGGAAAGCCUUUGAUGUGGCUCCAGGUGUAUGAGAUGUGGGCUCACGGAGAGCAGGUAGCCUCUGGAGUUAUCACUGCAGACACCAAGAUUGUCUAUCGCUCGGCCAGUAGCAUGGUGUACCUCUUCAUUCAAAUGAGUUCCGAAAUGUGGGACUUUGACACCAAUGGUGACCUCUACUUUGAGAAGGCUGUCAAUGGCUUCCUUUGUGACCUUAUUGCGAAAUGGAAGGAUAUGAAGUGCAAUCAUGAUAUCAACAUUGUGCUCUUCUCGCGAGUCUUCUAUGAAGCCAAGAGUAAAGAGCAGUUUCCAGAACACAUGGCCCAUUGUGUGCAAGUGGAUUACAAGGGGCGUUUCUACGAGGACUUCUAUAGAGUCGCAGUCCAAAAUGAGCGCAUCGAUGACUGGACACAGACCUUACGGUUGCUGAAGACGUAUUUUAAUGAAUACCCAAAGCAGAUCCUUGAGCAUCAUCAUAGGCCAAAUGUCAAAGUGCCCACAGCAGUGAACUCGACCGCCUCUCAGGGAAACUUUCUCCAAGUGCUCAACAUGUCUCUAAAUGUUUUUGAAAAGCAUUUUAUGGAUCGGAGCUUUGACCGCACCGGUCAGCUUAGUGUUGUCAUCACACCCGGUGUAGGUGUCUUUGAGGUUGACCGAGACCUCACCAACAUUACUAAGCAGCGCAUCAUUGAUAACGGCAUUGGAAGUGACCUUGUGUGCCUUGGUGAACAGCCCUUGCAUGCGGUGCCACUAUUCAAGUUUCAGUCAAAGCAUCCAACUGGCUUGGAUAUGAAGGAUGACUACAACAUGCCACACUGGAUAAACCUAAGUUUUUACUCAACAACACCUGCACAGUUCUACUCAAAGUUUGUGCCUCGCAUCAAACUUCCCACUCCUCAGCCAAAGCCUAGCCACAUGAAAGCUCUUGGUACAGGGAUGUACGCAUGCCGUGGUCAGCCUCCUAUUCGGGCCUCUGACAGCAUCUCUGUAGUGUACGACUAUGAUGAGUAUGAUGCCAACAUAUUCAAGGGAUGCUCUCCGAACCAAGCUGGGCCCAAGAUGAGCACACUGCAAAGGGCCAAUAUGCGCCGUCGUUCUCAUCUGCCAACACCUCCACGACCCUUGAAUCAGGACGAUGACACUUCGUCAUCACCAACCUACUCUAGUGGGUCGUCCCAUUCCCGCUCGGGUGCCAUAUCAAUCCCUAGACGUGGGGUGUCAUGUUUUGCCGGCACUCAAGCAGCAUCAACUCAAGGGAGCGAUGGUGCAGCUAUAGCCGUGUGCGAUGUGGAGAAGCCGCGGGUGCUGGCAGCUAAAGAAAACUUCGAGUUUGUAGUGUCUCCACCGCACCGAACAGUGGUUGGUAGUGCUGGCCAGGUUCCUGAGGCACUGCAGGAAAGGCAGAAGACACCUCAACAGCCCAGGGCUCUCAUUAAUCCUUUUGACCCUUCACAGGUGACAAUCAAGCUGACAUCAAACCGCCGUCGGUGGACGCACGUGUUCCCAUUAGGACCAACUGGAAUUUUCAUGCAACAGCACCACUACCAGGCCAUACCACACAGUUCGAGCCGGAUGAUGGUUCAAAAUCAUGAGCUCUCUGUGCACCAGGAAAAACCUGCGAUGGACGUUCCACACAAGAAGGCUGCUAAAGAAGUCCAUGUGAGGCCACGGGCAGUGUUUCCAUCAUCCCUUGGCAAUGAGACACCCAUUGCCAAGACGGGGCACAGCUGGUUGUGGGGCACAACUGGCGAACAAGAGUGGACACCAGCUCUAACUACAGGUGUCGACUGGAAGAGCCUGGUGAUACCAGCCUGCCUGCCCAUCACUACUGACUUCUUCCCUGAUAAGCACAGCCUUCAAUAUGACUAUGUGGUAUCAGACUACAGCCUUCUGCCCGAAGAGCACAACUCUGAGAUCAACCAAAUAAGGUGCUAUAGAGGAGAGGAGGACUACAAGCACCACAAACCACUGACUACGCAUCAGGUUUACCAGGAGCUCAUUUGUCAACGCUUGCAGCAGGGCUUUCAAAUCAUUUCGCUGCCAAAAAGCCAGCACACUGUCAAUGGCACGCAACACACGUCCAGCCACAGUGUUCUCAGGGGUCACGCACCUGUCACUGAGGAAAAGGAGGAGUGCCGGAUGAGCAUUGGCCGCAUCUUCCACACAAUAUCGUUAAGUGGGCCGGUGAUAACCGUCACCCAGUACAGACCUCGGCAUGCGUCACGAGAGGUUCAGCCGAUUCAGUACGUGUACAACUUCCAGCCACCGGGAAGCACCUUGUAUGACAUCUCCCGAGUGAUCUUCUCAAGCGAGAAGCUUGAGACAUUCAAUUGGAGCUACCUUGACCAUUACAUCUGCAUUCGCGGAGAGCGGGAGUAUGGUCUCAAGGAGGCUCUAAAGUAUUGGCGACUGCGUAUGCUGUUACUGCCCGGCUCUCAGGCAGCGACACGCAAGAUCAUCGAUAGCAAGGAUGCCAAGUGCCGGUGCGACAUCUAUCCAGACUUUACUGCCACUGAUGAGGCAGUUCAGCGGGACGCCUUCGUCAAGUUCCUUGAAAUCAUGAAUCGAAUUCGGUGGCCAGCCAAUACAAGGCGCUCGAAGUCUGUUGGAGCCUGGGUACGAGCUUCAGCAGGCCCAACGCGUUUGAGCAUCAGCCAGCAGGGGUCGCCGCUAACAACAUCUCCACAGUCAGGUCCUGUGUCUGCAAUUGCAGCUGGUGUAUUCCGUGACAGGGUGUUCAGCAACCGCAUUCAUGAUCGGCCACGCAGCCUCCAUGUGGACCACCUCCGUGCUGAUGUGAUGCCUGUUGGUGGCAAGAUGACACCAGCCACGGACUCUGACAGCAAGAAGGAUGGGUCCAACUCCUCCCUGGAAGCCACGCCAGAGUCAGUUGCUGGCGAAUGCUCAGAAGACAAACCCCAUGUCGAAGUGAAAUGCUUGACUGUGAUAACGCCUCCUUCUGAAAUUGUGGAAGCGAUGAAAAAUCCCAGUGAUGGCAUCUGCUUCCUGCCCAAGCAAGGUGGCAUUCCUCAGAAUUCUUUCAUUAGUGUCGAAGCUACGGCAUGGGUUCGAGACCAUGUGGAAGGCAUACACUCUGACCACGACGCUAUACAACUGCUUCAGAAACUAGUAGAAGAGUCCUACAUCUGCCACGCAUCUGGAGAUGUAAAUCACCCGUUCAUCAAUGGCUUUUACAUUUACUCUUUCCCAGACAAGAAUACCAAAGAAAAUUAUGAGGUAGAUCUGGAUGCCUACCAACACGAGUGGAUCGAAGUGGAGCUGCUGCCUCAGAAUGAACACAGUGGAAGUGCGGGCGAGCUGGAAAGCACCGAAAUUGAUAUUGGCAAAAAGCUGGAGUUCCGGAAUGUCAACGUCGACAUUGAUGUUGGUGGUCGCAGCGACCGGCCUGAAUGGGGUCAGGCACAGUACCACACCAUAUUUCAGCCAGGAGAAGCGUUCGAGAUCAUCGUUGAGUGGAUGGUUGCAACUGGUUACAUAAUUGCUGAUCUGGUGCUGGGCUGGGCACGCAAAGCAAACAGCCAAGGACUGCAGUUAGUACCCAUUCCGAGUGACCCAUUUGUGUUGCCUGAGUCACCUAAAUCUGACCCCCUGCGGGGCGCCAUCUUUAUGCCUCUGCAAACUGACGUCCUUGACAACCCUGCCUCACAGCUGUUACGAGGUGGUGGCCUGGAGCAGUUUCAAGAGUAUGUGGCACAUCGGUUUGGCUUCAUCACUCUGAGAGACCUGCAGUCCACGGUGGAGCAUCGCACUUACGUGCACACGACGGGUGGCAUGUUCCUCAUGAUACCUCGUAGCAGCCACAGCCGCAAACCUAAUCCACUAGACGAAGCUGAUAAGACACUAGAAUAUAUGUGCUGUGAAGCUGAUGUGAUGGAGCAUUGUUUAAAGCAUUGUGAAGAACCACCACCAGCUUGUACGAACCGAAAGGUGGGCUUCCUCUGGUCAUACAAUUACAUGAUCACGAAGCGCUGGAAGAACACGGCCACCAUUGACGAGCAGUUCAUGCGAGGCGUGAUGCAGGACUUCCGCGCCCUCUGCAGCAACCACGAGGGCCGACUUGUAGAAGCUUUUGAAGCCUGGCUGUGCACGUGGUGCGCCAGUGCCAUGCAGGGAAACCAGGCAGCAGAGCUCUUUCCCCAGAUUGAACAGUGAAGAGGUUGCAUGCUAAGCCAAGUUUGGCUUGCUGCCCUGUGUAUAUAUAACUAAUGUAUACAGUGUAGAUAACCUAGGGCUUGCAAUUCACCUAAUGGGUUUGUAAUAAAUUGUAAUAAAGGCAAUGUGAAGUGCUA